AUGUCUACAUCUCAUGCGUUUGCCCCAAGCCUGAUCCCGAUGCUUCUUCCUCGCCUUCACAAUGCGCGCCAACGGCGACGCCUUGCCUCCAUCAACACACCUAGUGUCAAGGACCUGACAAUUAUUGACCACCACUACGAUGCGAUUGUCGUGGGCGCCGGCGGCGCAGGCCUGCGUGCCGCCGUCGGGCUCACCGAAGCCGGGCUGAAAACCGCUUGUAUAUCCAAACUGUUUCCCACGCGCUCGCACACAGUCGCAGCUCAAGGCGGCAUCAACGCGGCGCUGGGCAACAUGACCGAGGACGACUGGCGCUGGCACAUGUACGAUACGGUCAAGGGCUCCGACUGGCUCGGCGACCAAGACGCAAUCCACUACAUGACGCGGGAAGCCGUGCCUGCAGUUGUCGAGCUGGAAAACUACGGCAUGCCGUUUAGCCGCACGAGUAAAGGCACCAUUUACCAGCGCGCGCUGGGUGGACAGAGCCUGAAGUACGGGAAAGGUGGACAGGCGUAUCGGACUGCGUGUGCGGCGGACAGAACUGGACAUGCAAUGCUGCAUACGCUUUACGGACAGAGUCUGAAAGAAGGGGUCCAGUUCUUCAUUGAGUGGUUUGCUCUCGAUUUGAUGAUGAGUGAGGGGCGGUGUGUGGGUGUUACGGCCAUGAACAUGGAGGAUGGAACCUGUCAUAGCAUGUUUGCUAAGAACACUGUGCUGGCUACUGGGGGCUACGGGCGAGCAUACUUCAGCGCCACAAGCGCACACACAAGUACCGGCGACGGCAACGCCAUGGUCUCGCGAGCAGGCCUCCCUCUCCAAGACAUGGAAUUCGUCCAGUUCCAUCCGUCUGGCAUCUACGGCGCAGGCGUUCUCAUCACCGAGGGCGCCCGCGGCGAAGGCGGCUACCUCGUCAAUGGCCAGGGCGAGCGCUUCAUGGAGCGCUACGCGCCCACAGCCAAGGACCUCGCAUCGCGGGACGUUGUGAGCCGCAGCAUGAAUCUGGAAAUCAUGCAGGGCCGAGGCUGCGGGCCGCAAAAAGACCACAUUCACCUCCAGCUUUCCCAUCUCCCGCGCGACGUCAUUCUAGAGCGUCUGCCGGGCAUCGCGGAAACAGCCGCCAUCUUCGCGGGCAUCGACAUUACGCGCGAGCCCAUCCCCGUGCUACCCACGGUGCACUACUGCAUGGGCGGCAUCCCGACAAAUUACCACGGCCAAGUCCUCAAUGUGGACCGCGAGACGGGCCUUGAAAACAUGGUCCAAGGCCUCUAUGCCGCAGGCGAAGCCGCCUGCGUAAGUGUGCACGGCGCCAACCGCCUGGGCGCAAACUCCCUCCUCGACAUUGUCGUCUUCGGCCGAGCCGCAGCCCUCCACAUCGCCGCACACAACGCCCCCGCAUCACCUCACCACGCCAGCACACCCAGCAUAGGUCUCACCUCCUUCACGCAUCUGACGCAGCUCCUGGGUGCUUCCACAGGCAGCACGGCGACGGCAGCGCUGCGCUCAAAAAUGCAGGUAGCAAUGCAAACCAACACAUCCGUUUUCCGCACCCACGCCUCGCUCGCCCAAGGCGUCGCAGAGCUACGCUCUCUCCACCACGCUUUCGCCACCGACCUGCGCGUGUCAGAUGCCUCGCUCAUCUGGAACUCGGAUCUGAUUGAGACGCUCGAGCUGCGGAAUCUGCUGACGAAUGCUGCGCAGACGGGCGCGGCGGCGCUGGCGCGUACAGAGAGUAGGGGUGCGCAUGCGCGCGACGAUUUCCCAGAGAGAGACGAUGAAAGGUGGCUGAGGCAUAGUGUUACGUGGCAGGGGGACUUGGGCGACGAGGUGCGUGUGGGGACGAGGGGCGUUGUCAUGAGUACGUUGGAUGAGGAUGAGGUGGCGAGCGUGGCGCCGGUGAAGCGGUCGUAUUGA